AUGCCCAACGAGCCCUGCGCCUCUUCCCUGCCGGUCAAUCGAAUUGUGCAGCGUCACAGCGCGGGCCUCGGCUACUACUUAACGUUGUCCUCCGGGCCCGCCCAGUUCUCCAUCAGGGCCCCGUACGAGACCCUCUCACACGAUCCAUAUCCCACCAUGUCGGACUCGUUUGUGACGGAGGCCUUUACGUUACUUGGGGUGGGCUUGUCCAUAAUCGGCCUCCGCUUGUACGUCAGGAUAUCCCAGGCUGGGCUGAAGCGUCUCCAUGCGGACGACUACCUGAUGGUCGUGGCGGCGGUGACCUACUCCAUAGAAACGUACCUUGCAUACUCGGUCGGGACAUUCUGGAAAGGACUCGCCAACAAUGGCAUGACGGAUGAGCAGCGGCGGUUGCUAGAUCCGCAUAGCGAGGAGUAUCGGUUGCGGGUCAACGGUUCUAAGACACAAGUGGCGGGCUGGUCCACUUACACCUUUCUGCUAUGGACCCUCAAAGCCGCCAUGUGCACUCUUUAUCUUCGGCUGACGGACGGACUCAACUACGAGAAGCGCAUUUAUGCAGGAUUCGUCAUCAUCGUCGUCACAUGGAUCUCGGUACUACUAUCCAUCCUGCUCGGCUGCCGUCCCCUGGAGAAGAACUGGCAGAUACACCCGGAUCCAGGCAACUUCUGCCAACCGGCCAUCUCCAAGAUCGACAUCUUCGUCACUGUCGUCUUGAACGUGGUGACGGAUCUCUAUCUCAUGAGCAUCCCGAUCCCCAUGCUCUGGAACUCCUCGUUGAAACCCCUUAAGAAAGCCGGCCUCAUAUUGCUCUUCUCGGGCGGAAUUUUCGUGACCGUGGCAGCCAUCUUGCGCUGCAUCCUCAUCAUCACAGACCCCGUCAACGGCGCCCAGCAGGCCGGAUCCUGGGCGGUACGGGAGACGUUCGUUGCCGUCAUCACAUCCAACCUGCCGAUGAUCACGCCCCUCAUCGCCCACUGGGCCCGUCCCAUCAUUGGAACUCUGCGAUCGCUGACAUCAUCCAACAAGCUCUCCGGGCUCUCUAGAAGUAGCAGGUCUGGGAACAAACGGGGGGCCUUCGUCCUCGAAGACAAGAACCCGCGCCGCGGCAUGGGACCGCGGAGCGUCAAUCCGAUCCCCGUCACCACGAUCAACGGCAGCGAUGAGCACAUCAAUCCGCCGCAGGCUGACGACGGGAGGGUGACCUCCUACGAGACGGACAUCGAGCUGGGGCGGGUUGCUUCUCAGUCCAAGCAUGGCGCAAUCAUCAAGAAGACCUCGGUUGAGGUCACCGAGUCGAGGGUCGGGGAGCCCGAAGAGGCGGGGACGGGGCAAGACAUCGGCGAUUACUACCUCGUCAGGCAGUCGAAGCAGGAUGCGGAGCGACUUGCGGAGAGGGAAGCCGCUGGCGAUGGAAGGACAUCGAGCAUGCAAAGGCCGUUUGAUGUAAGGUUUUAG